CACUGAAACUCUUCCCCUGGCGCUUGGAGAAACAGCAGGGCGGUUGUUGGUGUGUGUGUGUGUUCGUGUGUGUGUGUGUGGCGACAGGGUUCGUAAUGUCGGCCAGAAAGCCACGGUCUGUGGCGAACCCCCUGGAGUCUGCGACCACCACACCCAGCGAGAGGAUACUGAAGGAAUGCCACACUUUAUAUGUCGACGGCGAAAACGGCCUGGUGAAGAUUGCCAGCAGUCUCGGAGUCCUGCUCCUGCCUCCCAGAAAGAAAGUCACUGUGAUGAUAAUGGGGAACCACUCUGCAGGGAAGAGCUCUUUCAUUAAUUGGUAUGUUGAAGAGCACAUACAGAAGACAGGCGUUGCCAUUGAAACGCAGGGGUUUACGUUCAUUACCAGUGGUCGCAAGAGGGAAUCUCUGACGGGGAAUGCAACGCUACAUCUCUACCCGCACUUUCGACCACUCCUUGAGUUCAAAGGUGUCAUGGACUACCUGUCGGCUGAGAUCUCCACGUCCAAGCAGAAGAAGUUCAGCCUGGUGACGUUUGUGGAUACCCCGGGUCUGGUGGAUGGAGACAUGGUUUACCCUUUCAACGUCAACAGCGCCAUCACCUGGUUGGGAGAACAGGCUGACUUGAUAUUUGUGUUCUUCGACCCAAUGGGCCAGGCGCUGUGCAAGCGCACGCUCAACAUCGUGGAGAAGCUGAGUGAGAAAUGUGGAGACAAGCUGUUGUUCUACCUGAGUAAGGCAGAUGAAGCUGGGAAGGAAACAGACAGACAGAGGGUGAUGAUGCAGAUAGUCCAGGAGCUGUGUCGCCGUCCAGGUCUCAACAAAUGUGGUUUUGAGAUGCCAACAAUAUACAUACCCAACCCACAGAAGCCGAGCAGGUGUGUGAACAUGAUCGACGGAGUUUGUCAGACCAUUGAGAAAACCAUCAACCAGGCCGUUCAGAAGACUUUGGACCAGCUGGAGAAAGACUGUGAUCUCAUUUGUUCCACCAUCAGCAGCAGACUAGCGCAGGACAGGGCUGAUGUGACUAACAGCAAACAAGUCCGUCUGCACUCCUUCUUGUGUGGAGCCCUGGGUGUUUUCCUUCCUCUCCUAUUCAUCCUUAGUUUUGUUGUGAGCACCUUCUCCAAAGAGCAGCUGGAUGAACUGUUGGGUGAAGGUCCCGCUCAGACUCUCACUAUCUUCUCAGGAGUCGUGAUAUAUUUAUGGGACUUGAUACCAGAAGAUGGACAAGUAGUGUUUGUGAUCAUUUUUGGGGCCUUUUGCUACCUCCUGCUUUACCUAGCAAAGUAUUUUGCAGGCCAACGGAAUGAGACUCUGACGAAGAAGGAGAAGAGGGUGAUGACGGAGUACAAUGAUUAUAUCCAGGAUAUUGUCAAAACCAAAAAGGGUAAAUUGUAUGAAUGGUACCUCCAGCAGUGUGCAGAAGAAUAUGACCUCUGACCCCAGAAGGUGGAACCUCUAAUGCAGACGAGAUCACUGCCAACAUCACCAUCUCAAGAGCUGAUCAAAAACUUUAAAGUGCCUCUGUCAAUGAGUUCAGGAGAAACUGUGAUUGUAGUUGUUAAAUCAUAAUGUGAAUAGAUUUUUGAAUUUUUAUGGUAAAUGAAUUCUGGUAGAGAAGAAAUUAAGUGUUUACAAAACAGAACUUUUUUCUUCUUAUAUUCUUCAACUUACAGCUGCUCUUACCAACAGUCAUGUCUCUGUGACGUCCUCUCUGGUCUUUCAUCAUUGUUCUCAUGUAUUCAUGUCCACAGAUCUCAGUGCACCGUCCUGACGUCUGUCACGUCGUGUGAUAAGAUAAAAGAAUGUGAUUUCAUUCUGACUGUUAGCAAUAACUGCAACAACCAAUGCUGUGAUGAAACUUGGGCAUUAUAGUCGGACAUUUGUUCAAAUAAUGUUCAUGAAGUCAAUAAGGCUUACCGCUGUUGUCCUGCCUCGUGAGAGAUUCUCUGGGUUUUUGAAAAUUCUGUUGUGUGAUGUACAGUGUACUGAAACUGGUGAGUGGUGAAGUCUGUCACUGCACUGGUGUGUAUCUUCUAGUUGUGUUCAUGAGUGAUGAACCCCUCAUUACAAAAACACUCCGUAGCUCCAGAGUUUGCAGAAAUAUUUAUUAGCCUCAUUAGGUGUUUUUUAGGUGCUUUUUUAAAAAAGGGAUGCAGCGAUCUGAUAUACUAGAUCUUCAUCAAGUCUGACUGAUACAGACGCUAUACCAGCAAAUCCUUGGUUUAUUUGUCAUUGUCUUUAAAUGAUUUUGUUUCCAUUAUUACUUCCAUUCAUCCAGUUAUGCUGAGCUGCCAGCUUUGAAAAUUGGAAAGAAAGAGCACUUGGAUCAGUGAGGACAGAUUUGGAGUUGAGGUAUCAGUGAAAAGAGGAAGAGUUGGAUCGGUGCAUCCUGACUUUUUACCCAAACAAUGUGGAAAUACCUCUACAGACUUCUUGCAAUAUAUUGUGAACACUGUCAGUUUGUAUUGUGUGUCUCCGAGGUGUCCUCCCCAUUAGGGAAUUCCUGUUUUAUGAGAUAUUUCAUUCAUGCAUUUUUAAAUCUUUUGCAUAAAUGUAUCUACUCUGUGUAA